UUGUACCGAGUCUGACUCAAUUCGUCCCUACUUUCGAAAUAAAGGUAAUGAACAACAAUUAACUCUUUUCUUACGUCGCAAGCGAUGACGCGCAGAGUAUGAACUUUGUGCGACGGUACAAGAAGAAAUCAGAUGCCGGAGCGUCACCUGCGCGUCUGAAUAAAACGCGAACAGCGAUGCGUAAAAGCGCGCAGUGCCAACAAAAUGCGCGGACUGCGGUUUCGCCGCGAGUAACGUGAUUUCGGUAAUGUGGACGGCGCUGGAUUUAGAGGAUAUUGGGUGAUGAAAAUCGCCCUCCUUUGUUCGAGCAGAUGCAGGUCUGACGUGUUCCCGUGGGAUUUUCAGUCGCUGUUCAAACCCCGUGGCGUGUCGGUCUGAAUCUCUCUUUCUCUCUCUCUCUCUCUUUCAAUGCUGCUAUGGCCUCCUGCAUGCGUCAACACUGUGAUCUGAUUCCUCUUCACAUGCUGCUGCUCCUCUCAGCGCUGCUCCUGUUCGUGAGGUCUGAUUCGGCGGAUAACUGUUGCUCAUCCACUCUCAUCUCCACAUGUGAUGACUGUCUGAAAUGCGGCCCUGAAUGCGCCUGGUGCUCUCAAGAGAGGUUUCUGGAUGGGGCACAUGUAAGCCAGAGGUGUGGAUCUGUUUCCGACCUGCGAGACAGGGGUUGUGAGUUGGACUUUAUUGAGAUCCCAAAUGUGAAAGUGGAGGUAAACGCCACCAUCAGCAGCUCACAGGUGGCACCCAGAGAGAUUACCAUCCACCUACAUUCAGGGAGCGAGGCAAGCUUUGUGAUAGAGGUAAAGCAGUUAGAACGGUACCCAGUGGAUCUGUACUAUCUAGUGGACGUCUCAGCCUCCAUGCAGGAUAACUUGGACCAAUUGAAGACUGUGGGUCUGGCUCUGUCUCACCAAAUGAAAGAACAUUCCAGAGAUUUUAGGGUUGGUUUUGGGUCUUUUGUGGAUAAACCGGUGUCUCCGUACAUCGAUGUGCACCCCUCAAAACUUGUAAACCCUUGCAGUGAAUAUGAGGUGCACUGCAGGCCUGCUCAUGGUUUCAUCCAUGUCCUCCCCAUCACGAAGAACAUGACAGAGUUCACGCGUGUCAUUCAGGAGCAGAGGAUCUCUGUGAACCUGGACACACCUGAAGGCGGAUUCGAUGCCAUGCUGCAGGCAACCGUUUGCAAGAAGGACAUUGGAUGGCGACCAGAAGCCAAGCAUCUGCUAUUGGUUAUGACAGACCAGCCUUCUCAUCUGGCUUUGGACAGUAAACUGGCUGGUAUUGUGGUACCUCAUGAUGGGCGCUGCCACCUAGAGGACAAUAUCUACUCGCAGACCACUACCAUGGACCACCCAACGAUUGGUCAACUGGCAGAUAAACUUCUAGAGAACAACGUAAACUCCAUCUUUGCAGUGGACCAGGUGCAAUUUCAGUGGUAUGAGGAUCUCUUAGACUUGAUUCCAGGAAGUUAUGUGGGUCGACUGUUCCCUAAAUCAUCAAAUCUUAAAGAUUUAGUGGUGCAUGCCUACAAGAAGCUGCUAUCUGAUGUGGAAUUGCAGAUCAGGGUGGAGGACAGCCAAGCUCAUCGGUUCCGGGUCAACGUAACAGCUUUUUGCCCCAACGGAUCCUCUGUUUUUGGAAACACUAAAUGUUCCAGCGUUCAGCCCAAACAAACAGUCUCCUUCAAGGUCACAGUCGGCAUGACCUCUUGCCCGGCAGAUGGUACAAAUCAGGAGGUGUUGAUAACCAUGAGGCCUGUCGGAUUUAACGAGUCUGUUACCGUACGAGUCCAACAGAUGUGUGGGUGUACCUGCACAAAGAAGGGCCUUUGUCAUGAUGACCUGAAUCCCUCGCCUUGCUCUGCAGAGACGGGCACGAGUUCAACGGAUGAUUGUAGAGAGGACGGAACCAAACCAGUCUGCAGCGGAAGAGGAACUUGUCGAUGUGGGACGUGUGUGUGUGAUUCUAGCAGACUCGGGACCGUCUACGGAAAGUUCUGUGAGAUGGACGACUUUUCGUGUCCGUACGAGAGAGGCCUGGUGUGUGGAGGGCACGGGCGGUGUGUUUCAGGUGAAUGUGUGUGUCUCCACGGCUGGACGGGUGAGACCUGUGACUGUCCCGUGUCCACAGAAACCUGUGUGUCAGACGACGGAUUGAUUUGCGGCGGUCAGGGAAAGUGUGUGUGUGGCAAGUGUGUGUGUGAUGAGCCCCAACACUCUGGAACGUUCUGUGAGAAGUGUACCGUCUGCUACAGUUCCUGUCAAUCACACUGGAGUUGUGUGAACUGUCAUCUGACUAAUGGACUUGAAUCAGAUGGUUUUCAGCUUUGUAAUCACAGCUGCACAUCAUUAGUGGAUUAUGUCGAUGACAUCACAGAGUUGGUGAGAGGGAAGUACUGCCUGUAUCCCAUCACUGAUAAGUGUCAGUACCGCUUUCUCAUGGAUUUGGCAUCAGAUCGGCCUCAGCUGCACAUUAGCAGACAUCCUGUGUGUGUUUGGAGUCACCGUUCCUGUAAGAUGUUCCUCAGUGUUUUUCUCCUGACGGUGAUGUUGGGUAUCUGCAUGCUGGCCGGGGUCAGACAACUACUGAGAAAUAGAAACUGUUCAUGGCCGACAAACCCCAACCAACAGUUUGAAGAAAGCCAAAAGGAUUCAGCAUACGUCUCCACGACCAAUGAAAAAACAAUAACAUACCGGGGGGACCAGCUCCCGAACCACCUGGUGGAAAUGCAGUCACACGUGCCCAAGAUGCCACUGAGGGACGCCUGGCAGUGACGGGGGUCAAAGGUCACUCCAGAAAUGCAUUCUGUUUUUUUCUCGAUUUCCAAAGCACUUACUUUGCGAGAGCAGCAUCCUGUGUGGUUUUGUUAGGGCGCUUUUCCAUGUUGAGUUGUUUAAUUUAUUAUGUUAAGUGGCAUUAAAUUUCUGUCGUCCUGACUCCACACAGGAGGUAAAUUAAAAGAGAGGCAGUACGUAAACAUACAUAUACAGUAUACGUGAAUGAACCUCACUGAUAUGGUUUAGACACGUUCACCUCAAAACACUCGGCCAGUAACCUCCAAUAAUGUGUAUAAUUUAGAUACAGUGUAUGUAUGCGAGAGUGAGUUUGUGAUAUGUUUAUUUGUUUUAUUUUUAGUUGGCAAUACACUACAGACUUGCUAUGUUUGGAAUAGCAUACUUCCAUACUACUCAUACUGUUUUUGCUAUAUGUAUAGUGUGCACAGUAUGCAGAUUUUCUGUAUACAUUGAACACCAUGGAAUAGCAUAUCAGCCAUGAUUUUUAUCCCUUUUUUUAUCGUUAUUGGGUUGGGCUCCAAAAAGUUAAUUUUUUUAAAGUUUUAAUUUAUGCUUAAAUAACUUUUAAAAAGAUUUAAUCUUACCUAAAUUUGAAUUAAAAAUGCUAGAUAGUAUUUUUAUUACCAAAAUGAUAAUUGGACGUCACUUGCAGAAAUAAACAUAACGUAAUGAGUUCCUGUGACAACAAUUUAUCAUACUGCUGUUUGAACCAUUUAUCAGAGCAUACUGUUUUACAUGCUGUUUGUUUUUUUAAUAGUGUACAGUAUGCUGUGUAGCAUGCAGUAUGCUUCUGUUCUAUUCCAAACAUCUUUAUUUCUGAGAUGACUAGAUGUCACUCGCUAAAUUAAUCAUGCAACAUAGUGAGGCGUUUAUUGCUGCAUACUGCAUACUUUUUCAUAUACUGUUAUACAGCAUAGUAUGCCUAAGCAGUAUAGUAGUCCAUUCUGAUCAUAACCUUUAGUAAACCCCUGUCCUGCUAACUAAUAUUAGUAUGCCACCUAGUGUUCAACACGUGCAUAAUCAUUCCUAGCAACUUUCUGAAUAGCAGUGGGAUUUAUAUAUGUAUAUAUGCAGUUUAGAUGGUUUUUGAUGCAUUUUGAUUGUUAAAAUGGCAUUCAGUCUUAUUAACUGUCAGCAUUGAAGCACAGAUCACAAAUAUGAAUUAAAAGUACGUUAAAAAAUUAUUCCUCAGCACUUUUCCAUGCUCAAAUUAUGCUGCACAUUUAUAUGAAUCCCUAACACAACUGGAGUUUUAAGGAAGUUUAUUCUUGUGUUGAGUUUUGUGUUAAUUAUUUCCCUGCUGUUCUGUAUUUAUAUCUGUUGUUGUGUACUACUGAUGCUCAGUUCUGUUCCAGCCCUAAAUACUGGACGAGCCCAAUGAUGCAGCGAGUAAUGGUACCUACCUUUGUGGUCACCAUAACACAUGUUUUAACACAAUGUUUACAUCAAGCUAACACUAAACAAAUAUUUAUUUUUUUGCUUGUCUUUUAGUUUAUUAUUAUUAUUAUUAUUUUAGAAAUAAUUACUUUGUUGAAUAUUUUGUAUAGUGUGAACAACUCCUGGUACAAAGCAAUACGGUGUUGGCACAUGUAGGUUGUGAAACUGCACAAUUCUGACUGACUGUAGUUUGUGUGCUUUUGAAUGUACUUGGAUUAAUCACAAGUCUCACAUCAGCCCUGAAUGUUAUUCAUUUUGGUCUAAUUUCAUUAAUAAGAAUUCGUCAUUUCAAUAAAAAUCACAACAAAAUGA